UUUAAACGACCCAGUUUUGCCUCUCUGCGGGAUGCAGCUGCGGGAUGGAGGCGCGUGAAGGAGGAUGAAGAUGCGGCGCCUGUGGAGCCUGUGGAUGUUCGGGUGUAUUAAUAGGAGCGCUUGAGUGUCGCAGGCGUUACUUUCGAGCCUGGGGGGCUUGGUGGAGGCGCGGCGAGCUUCUCAUCCAGACUGCGCAGCCGGAAUUCAGAGAAAUAACAAAAACACGGAGAUAAAAGGGAUUUUUCACUUGGCAACAUGGAAAACGUGCUCGCGGUUCUGAAUUUGGGCGAUUUUGCUCAGGCUUUUUCCAAAAUGGGAAUGUUUCCGGUGUUUGAUGUCGCCUAUUACAUCGUUUCCAUCCUCUACCUGAAGUACGAGCCAGGCUCGGUUGAGGUUUCCCGCCGGAGCCCUGUGGCCUCCUGGCUCUGCGCCAUGCUCUACUGUUUCGGUAGUUACAUCCUGGCAGACAUCAUGCUCGGGAGCAGCCCACUCGACUAUUUCCAAUACAACAGCCACAUCCUGCUGGCCUCAGCCGUCUGGUACCUCAUCUUUUACUGCCCCCUGAACCUCUUCUAUAAGUGCGUGGCCUUCCUGCCGGUCAAGCUGGUGUUGGUGGCUCUGAAGGAGGUCGUCCGCACCCGUAAGAUCGCCGCUGGCGUCCACCACGCCCACCACGCCUACCACCACGGAUACUUCAUCAUGGUGAUCGUUGGAUACGUCAAAGGUUCUGGAGUGGCUCUUAUUUCCAAUUUUGAGCAGCUGCUGCGCGGCGUGUGGAGGCCCGACACCAACGAGAUCCUCAACAUGUCAUUCCCGACUAAAGCCAGCUUGUACGGAGCGAUUCUGUUCACCCUGCAAGAGUCCCACUGGCUGCCUGUGUCCAAGAGCGUCCUCAUCCUCAUCUUCACCCUCUUCAUGGCCACGACGAAGGUGGUGAUGACGGCCCGCCACUCUCACGGAUCCCCCUUCAGCCUCGUCGAGUCCUGGACCUGCCACCUGCUGUUCGGCUCUCCUCUGGGCGGCGGCGAGGAGGACAACCAUCAUCCUCCCGCCGGCGCCGCGCCGUCUUCACCGCUCAAAAGCAAAGAGGAGCUGAGCGAAGGCGCUCGCAAGAGGAAGGCCAAGAAAGCCGAGUAAGACGUCGCUCUGGUGAAACUGCAUCGGACUUGAUGCCGUCCGACUUCCAUAAGGACAAGAGCAGUUCGAUCUGUCCCCGGACGAAACCCUUUUUAUUGGAGCAACAUGGUGCUUUUUGCAUUUUACAAAGCUGGAGGACUGUAAAUACCAAGGCAAACGUUUCACACAGCAGCCAAACCUGGACAUCCGAAACCCGAUCAUUCAAGAGUCUGGGAGAAUCUGCAUCUCGGCCCAGCGCUGCUCGGUGAGCGGCGGCGGUUCAGGGGCCGCAAGGCGACAAGGCCACGGCGCCGUAUCAAUAUUUUUGUUCCUGAGAAUAAUGGAGCAAAAUUUGGGCCAUGAAGUUUGUUCAAAAGAAUAAUGAACUGGAAAAAAGGCUUGAAACCAAAAAAUAUAUUUAAACCAAAAAUUUUUUUUAAACUGAAACUCAAAAACAUUGAAUAUGAAAAAUAGAUUUGAUUCUUCAGCUUCGUUUUACUUUGAAAUCUUUGUUUUCAGUUUCAAUUUAUUUUCCAAUUUCAAAUAGUUUUUUCAUUUUCAUUGAUCUUCAGUUUCAAAGUUUUAUUUUCAAAAUCAUUUCAGUUUCAAUUAUUUUUCUUUUUAACUAAACUUUACGGACCCAUUUUAGCUCCAUAAAAUUGGUCAACUUUUGUUAUUCAGAAAAACAAAAAAGGACAAAUUUAUUCAACUCUCCAUCAGAAAUUAAAGGUGUUACAGAAGUUAACAUCCUUCCCGUUUUCUGAGAUGAAACCAAAUUUCUAUGAAUAAAUGAAAUCAAGAGAAA